GGGACAGGCUCAUAGUGGUAUAUUGGAACCCAUCGAUACCUAACUCACUACCUGCUUCUACUGCUACAUCGUGCCAUCUUACUCGAAUUCUUACCGGCGAGUAUCCCGCCAAGUUAUGUUCUGUAUGCCCUCAGGUUGUUAUCAUCACGUCCAUGUUCACACGGUUGCCGUAGCAGCCCUGGAUAGGAAAAAGCUAGAACUCCCAUGUUUCUGCAUCCAAGGUAAACUCCCGUUCCCUCGGCCGCUCGAUACAAAGACUGCAGUUCGCUUCGAGAUAGUCCGCAGUCUCCCAUUCUACCUGACGGCACGGACAUGAAUGUGCUGUGCCCAGACCGUAUUCCUCCUCCAAUCGGUACCGAAGGCAGGUCGUGUCGGGCCUUGGACAAGAAGACACUAUUGUCCUCGCUUGCUCCACACGUCUGGCAUAGUAAUCCUCAUCCCAUCCCGUCCCAUCCCGUCUCAUUCCCUUCCAUCCCCCUAUUACCUGCAUUGCGUACGCCUUCUGCACAACCCUUCCAUCCGUCCCGUCCCCUCGCCAGAAAUGACCCCAAGAUCACGUCGCAGUUCUCCCCCGUACAGUCCCAAGCCCAUAUCGCGCACGCCUUCGGUUUCUCGGGGACGGGCAGGCUUUCCGACCCGUGUCGGCUCCAUGUAUCCGCUGCUACCAUCCCGUCUCCCUGCCGCUCGCGAGUGCCGCGAACUCGAGGCUGGGCGUGAGCGUAACUACGCAUAUGUACGUCCCCCCCCGUCCGCCCGCGCGUCACGGAUAACGCACGCACGCCCAUCACAUCGCACGCGACUAAGUCAAGGCGGCAUAUACCUAACUGCCAAGUACCGGUACCAGCCUCUGCUCCCCUCUCCUCCCCAGCUACCGUCGCCCUCUUGCACCCUCUCGACACCGGGUCCUGACAUCUCAUCUCUGGUGUGGGGUCCGGGGCAGCGCUGCUAGGCCUAAAUUACCAUCGCGUCCAUAUACGAGUUAUACCCCCCUCCAAAAAUAACCAGAAAGUUUCCGGGAAAGAGGGGCCAUAGACUGGGCAGGGUAGAUAAGAAGGAGACGGCGGGUAUAGGUGCCCCGGAGGGAGACC